AUGAAAGCGAAAAACCGCGACCAAAGCUUGACGGACUCCAGGGAGCUGGACGGGUCCUAUGACCAACUAACUGGUAAUCCUUCCAACAGCCAAAGCAAAAAAACCAUAAAGCAGCGAUUCCUCAAGCUGCUGCCGUGCUGCAAACCCACGGUGGCCCCCUCAAUAAGUCAAAGCAAGUCUCACUACACUCUACAUAUGUCCUAUGUGCUAAUGCUAAUCUCUCCCACAGACAGCGUGGAGGAUGACUUUGAGCUGUCCACUGUGUGUCACCGUCCAGAGAGCAUGGACAAGCUGCAGGAGCAGACCAAGUUCACCAAGAAGGAGCUGCAGGUCCUCUACAGGGGCUUCAAAAAUGAGUGUCCCAGUGGUGUGGUAAACGAGGAAAAUUUUAAGAAUAUUUACUCACAGUUCUUCCCACAGGGAGAUUCAAGUAUGUAUGCACAUUUCCUGUUUGAAGCAUUUGACACAAACAAGAAUGGUUCAGUUAGUUUUGAGGACUUUGUAUUCGGUCUGUCGAUCAUCCUGAGAGGCACUGUUAAUGACCGGCUAAACUGGGCAUUCAAUCUCUAUGACCUCAACAAGGACGGCUGUAUCACCAAAGAGGAGAUGUUGGACAUUAUGAAGUCCAUCUAUGACAUGAUGGGCAAGUACACAUACCCCUCUAUGCAGGAAGAUGCACCGAGGGAACAUGUGGAAAGCUUUUUUCAGAAAAUGGACAGAAAUCAAGAUGGCGUGGUCACUAUAGAUGAAUUUAUUGAGUCCUGCAAAAAGGAUGAGAACAUCAUGCAGUCCAUGCAGCUGUUUGACAACGUCAUCUAAACUUGUGGAAUACAGGGUACAGUGGCACCAGGCAGAGGGAUGUGUAACAGACACCAGAGGACUACAGAGAGAAAGAGAGGCUGUGUUUGUACCAGUGUGUGAGUGUGAAUCCAGAGGGCAUUACAGAACUCUCCUUUUUACUGAAGGCACAGAGAUCAUCCACCAACAAGUUCACUUCUCAUCAUGUUGAACCUUAAUUACCCUGGAAGACUGAAGGCAAGAAUCAAGUGACCACAUGGGACCUGCCAAUGACGGGAGAAGCAAAAAGCGGAGGAUGCCCAAAUUGAGAUAACAUUUGACCUCCCUCCUGUUCCAGCUCUUUAGGAUCUCCUGCCUCUGGAGCAACAACCCUGCUGCCAUAUGAAGAAAUGGACGUUGCACCAUCUAGUGGACAGACCCAGAAAGACACUCAUGGGAGAAAACAAGACUUAUCAAUGUUGUUUUCCAUGAGGAACUGAAUAUCGCAUGAUGAUGUCACUAAUAUCAAAAUAUGUAUUUACAAAGAUACUCCAAAGUCUGCCUGUCUGUCUAUACCCAGUCAUUCACAGGUGCCUCGCCCUCUGUAUAUGUGUGUGCGCAUGUGUAGAAGGCAUCUACCCCACCAGAGUAUCUCUCCAAUGAGAUAAAACCCACAAGAUUCAGCUUUAGAAUAAUUCCUGGCCUUCCAAAUUAUUCCAAUACUAGUCAUAUGUCUGUUUGCAGUUGUAUGUGUUCUAGCAUUCCCAGUGAUGUGACCUUACAAUAGACAGUAUAAUAAGAGAAUACUGGACCAUGACAGCUAUUUACCAUAUCAAGAGAAAACGUCAGUAUAAAUAUUCACUAAAUAUACAUUUGAGAGAAUACACUUAGCAGGCUGUGUGAAAUUAGGUUUCCAUCACAAAACUGUA